GGCUGUUAUGUUGUUGUUCUUCAAAGACGGGACAAAACAACCGUUGGCGCUACCCGGGGUCUGACAGCUAGAUAACGAUUAGGUGCAAAAUUGAGAUGUCAACGCACUUGAUAAAAUUAUGACAUAAAUCUGGAUACUUAGGUGUUAAUCCGCUUCAGGUGGACUGUUAUGUAUCCCCGGCGACACCGUUAUUUGGUGUUUAUCAGCCUUGGUCCAGCUCCGUUAGCCUGUUAGCUUCGUAAACUUACAUCACCUCCAGGUUUUCAGACUCACUGUUUGGGAUGGAUGGAGAUUUUCUGCUCGCCAUCCAGCUUCAGGAGCAGUUUGACAAUGAAUACGAGACUUCAUUGCUGUCGAACAGUUUUGAAGACCCGGGACAGAGCAGCAAGAAACGAAAGGUGGAGGUAGCAGGAGGUGGAGGCAGCGAUCUUGUCCCCUACUGGAAGCCGACAGCUCAGCCUGAGAGGCCGCUGUCCAUCGUGGACGAGACCUGGGAGAUGCUGGACCCCAACCCCGAUGUCAGGGCCAUGUUUCUGGAGUUUAAUGACAUGUUCUUCUGGGGGAAACUGAGUGGAGUUGAAGUGAAAUGGAGCCCACGAAUGACACUGUAGGUCACUUACUAUUGAUGCUACUGUUGUUGUGACAUGUUAAUUUGAUACUUUACAGCUUCUUUAAGGAACUUUUGCUUUUUUUAAAUUAGCUAAUAUCUUGUCUUCUACACACUGAAGUAUUGCCUCUUGCAGAAAAAAAUUCUCAUCCUGGUGACUUAUUGAUAUUAAACAUGUUAAAUUGUUUGUGACUCUGUAAACAGGAACUCCACUAGCACCUUCCUCCCUUGGUUUAACACUUGUCACAGACAUCACCAUGAAUUCUUUUUAACUUUGCCUAAUUUCUUUCGUAAAGAGAUUAAACACAGCUCAUCUACUCUCUUCCAGCAGCCGCUUGUUUGUAGCGAGACCUUGACCAGUCCAGCAUCGACUGCAGCGGGGUGACACAGCACCAGGAAGAACAUUUAUAGUCAUUUCUUCAUGGAAAUGCAAUCAGACUGAGACACUAAGGCAGAAGAACUACCACAUCUGCACUGCAAAAUGAUUAAUAUGGUGAUUAUUACUUUAAGGGAAUGAUAAAGAAAUGAUCAUAAAUGUUCUUCCUUGAGCUGUGUAACCCCGCUGCAAUCAAUGGACUCACCCGAGGUCUCGCUACAAACAAGCAGCUGCUGGAAGAGAGUAGGUGAGUUGUGUUAAGUCUCUUUGUUAAAGACAUUAGGCAAAGUUAAACAGAUGUUUGGUGGCUAGUACUAUGGCUGGGACCCUAUAUGUACUGUUGAUGAAGUUAGGUGCUGUUCUGAGCAUUAUUUAUGGCUGUAGAGUGGCUUUUUGGUUGAGGUUUGUGUGUGGCUCCUCAGACCGCUGUGUAUUGCUAUCGUGCGGUCGUUACUACAGUUGGUACAACUAGAGAGGCAAGCAGUCGGCAACAUUCACUCCACGAGGGGUUGUCUAACUCAGUGUUACGGUGUGUUUGACCCUAACUUAAUUUUACGACGGAAUAUCCCUUUAAGACCUUUUUUUGUGCUGCGUGUGUUUCCAGUCUCAAUUAUCUCGUGCUCCUCUAACCUGUGCUUUCUCUGUAUUUGUCUUGUAGGUGUGCUGGUGUUUGUUCUUAUGAGGGCCGAGGUGGGCUGUGUUCAAUCAGACUCAGUGAACCUCUACUCAAGCUCAGACCAAGAAAAGACCUUGUAGAGGUGAGGUUGAGGUUCACUCCUUUCAAUUAUUGUUACUUUGAUAUGUUAUAUUUCUAUAUUCCUUUAACUUGUGGAUAAAAAGAGCUGUCGCAGUAUCACUGUCAUGUAAACAGAUACCGGCAUACGGCGAGCAGGAAUGUACCUUUCUUAACAAUAAACACUUGGUUGUUUGCAAAUACCCUGAAGCAGUUCUCCUGUGUUGUCCUCUAACAUAAACGACUGUGAUUGGUCUGGUUUAUCCGACACUUUAAGAAUGACAGUGAUCCCAGAUCCACAUACAAGCAAAAAAGAAUAAUGGGUCUUAUGUUUCCAGGCUACAAUAUUUCCCGUUCUUGAAGAAUACUAAAAAGUUACCUUUUUGUUUCCUCUUUAGACCCUCCUUCAUGAAAUGAUCCAUGCGCUGCUGUUUGUGACCCAGAACAACAGAGACCGAGAUGGUCACGGGCCUGAGUUCUGUAAACACAUGAACCGGAUAAAUGACGCCACGGGGACUAAGAUUUCUGUAGGUUUUCUUUAGUCACACAAAUCAGCUUCUUUUUACACAGAAUAAGAAAUCAAACAGAUACUCUAAGAUGUUCUCCUCCCUCCAUCCUCACAUCAGAUCUACCACAGUUUCCAUGAUGAGGUGGAUGUGUACCGGCAGCACUGGUGGAGAUGUGACGGCCCCUGCCAGAACCGCAAGCCCUACUUUGGCUACGUGAAGAGGGCCAUGAACCGGGCUCCCUCCUCACUUGACCCCUGGUGGGGCGACCAUCAGAGAACAUGUGGAGGGACCUACACCAAGGUGAAGGAGCCUGAGGGAUACGGCAAGAAAGGCAAGAAGGAUGGGAAGUCAUUGGAGAAGAAAGGCCCAGGAAAUGGAAAGCCUUCGGGUAUUACUGCAGGUGAUGAGCUUCUUCCUUCAUCAUGCUCUGUAGCAGUAGUUUAUCGUAGAGUCGGGGUCUAUUUGUAGUUUUAAUAAAGGUUUAAUAAGGGGCUGUUUUCUGAGGGAGUGGGAGAGGUUGCUGAUUGACGUAGACACACUGUUUCAAGUAUUUAAUUUCUGUGAUUUUGGUGAACACACACUUAAAUACAGAUUCUAUACACUGUUUAUAAAAGAGACCCCUGAUCAGGAGAGUAACUUACUGUAAAUCACAGCUUGGGUAUUAUCUUUAAUUUGAACCCCCUGAAACUGCUUCAUGCCAGCCUUUAAAAGUCUAUUGUCCCCCCUUGCAGGUUCUGGACUGCAGGACAUCAGGAACAUUAUCCCCUUCAGUGGCAAAGGCUUCCUUCUUGGAGGGAAGUCACAGCCUUCCACGUCUUCCUCCUCAUCUCCAAAACCAGCAGUGCCUGUCCCUAAAACCUCCUUCAACCCUCCUGUCCCCUCUCCAAAGAAACCCUUCACCCCUUCACCUCCCACUAAAAUUCUGAAUUCUCCAGUUCGUUUUGGUGCAGACAGCCACACAAUCUCUAAACCUUUACCCCCUGUCAGACCUGCCUCCUCUACAGGACCAAAACCACCUAUAAAGAGGUCUGUUAGCAACACGAAGGUUUUUGUGAACAUCAACGGCUCACCUGUGAGGAUUUCUAAGUCCAGUAGCAGAAGCAGCGGGAAUCAAGAAGCAAACAAAAUCAAACAGACGUCUAUUGAAGACCUGUUUUCUUCACUUAGUCAGACCUCCAACUCAAUCACGCACACUAAAACAGACUCAGCAAACAGUUCUAAAAGUGCUACCUCAGCUCCGUCCUUCUUCACGAAACAGCAAAGUAACAAUUCAGCUGCUUCUCCAAACAUACUCAAAUCUAGCCCCACUAAACCCAGCAGUUCUAGCUUUUCUUCAUCAGGACUCAAAGGCAGCCCUGUAAAACCGACACAAUCCAAGUAUUUCAACAGCUCUAACAGUGACGCUGCAUCAGGAGCUGUUUCAAGAAAGAGGCCGUGGGACGAGCGCGGCAGCUCGGCCAGCAUCCUCGACCUCUUCCAGAAGACAUUAGGAAGCGAUUCAGCAGCCUCCAGGGAGCCAGCAAAGACAAAAUCACCUGCACUGCAGCAAGGAACAAGUACACCUACUACCUCCAUCUCCUCCUCCUCCUCCUCUGCUGCUGCUUCUUCCUCCUCUGCAGUGAUGGUCAGCUGUCCUGUGUGCCAGGCGAAGGUGCAGGAGUCAAAAAUUAAUCAGCAUCUUGACUCCUGCCUCUCCUGAAUGAACAGAGGAGAUACUGCAAUAAAAAGCAACCUCUGAAAGGUCUGCAGGAGUUUCACUUUUUAAGAUUUUGACUUGAAGUUGCACUCAGACUCCCUCUGAGUUUGGAGAUUUGAAAGAUUUAGUGAUCCAACUGGAGUUUUAUAACAGAGUUUGGGUUGUGUUCUUGCUGUAAAAGUGAAAAUCCCCCUCUCAUAAGUGCCUGUUUGACAUUUUCUGCCUUAUUAUGCCAGGAGAAAGUCAGGGUUUGGCAAGUUCAGGAAGCUGAUUUACUGUCGCAUGAUUAAGUGUUAUUUGGUUGCUGUUUUCACCAGGAAAACAAGCAAUGUUCAGCUUCAUUUGUCAAAAGCUGCAAAAGUUUGAACCACACACUUAAGUAUUUUGAUUUUAACAAUGUUGGAUAUUUUAAGGAUGACAUUCCAGUAAUAUCUUCUGUCAUUCAGCGAAGAAUCACAUUUAUUUUUUAAAGGCUUUAAAGCAGGUUUGCAGUGAAGGCAAUAAUGAGAGUUUGAAUUCAGGAGCUGCUGUGUUCUCCCUCUAAAAGGGUUAUUUUUGCCUCCUCUGAGGGUGGAUGAGUCGUCUGAUUUCUACAUCCUCCGCCCUUCAGGCUGCAGGAGACGCUGACUGACCUUUGCAGAUCUGUAGGAGUCAGGUUUCACAAUUUCAAGCUAUUUAUUUCCUGCACCAUUUAUGCUGCACGGUCAGGGAGGACAGUGAAGUGUCUGGAUGUGCCUUUUUCUGAGGGGUAAUUCUGCUGAUGUAUUUUAACAUUCAGACAUGAUGUAGACAUUUUUAGAACGGUUGUGUUUUAUGGUAACUGUGGAAAAUACAACAUGUGCUGCUACAAUGUGGGAGUUUUAUACCUGUAUGUUCGGGUUUUACAUGUUACUGUUGUCUUAAAGUAAAUUUUCAUGUUUAAAUUUUGUUGCCAAAUAAAAGUUUUCACUGUUGUA